AUGCCCGACCUCGGGGACGACUCGCUGCUCGUCGAGGCGCGGCAGCGGCGGAGGGACGAUGGCGAAGAUGGUGAGUGCCCGGCCGGGAAGCGCCGGCGGCUGGGCGUCGAUCUGCCCGGCAAGCUUGGCGGCGCUGAGAGGGAGUUAGAAUGGUCUGGAGAAUCUGGAGGGGCGAAGAUGGGGCCUCCAGGAGCUGUUAGGGGGGCGUGCGGGCGCCUUCAAGCGGUGCUGGACGCCGAAAAUGGCGAAAAUGGCGGCAAAGGGGACGGGCAAGGGGAUGGUGUUGAUGCCAUGUUGCCCAUGGGGCGGCCCAUCUCGGAGUCGAGAAAGCUGGAGGGCAAGUCAGUGAACAGGGCACGCGGCAACGGGUUGGGGAAUGAGGCGCGUCAGUUUGGCUUGGCGCCUGCGGGGAUUGUGGUGCCGGGUUCGGCGUCGAUGCAGAUGGUGGGGGCCCUACCAGGGACCGAGGGGGGAAUUGGAGGGUUUGGAGAGGGCCAUUCAGUCAGGUUGCUGCCACAGCUGCAAGGCGCCUCACCUCGAGGCGAAGAGGCCAGAGGGGUGUCCCAACCAGGUGGGAGUUGCGGACCAGGAGCGCCGAUCGAGCUGGCGAAGACGUGCCAUGUUAAGGACUUGGCGGCUGGAGGGGAGGGGGCUGGGUGUGUCCCCAGGUCCGGGGCUGCCGUUGCGGGUGGUCUGGGGCAGGAGCGACCGGAGAAGCUCCUGGGGUCGAUGCAGGACUUUGCAAGCUUCGUCCAGCAGACUUGUCUCAUGGCCUCCUCCCAGGGCGCCCACCAGGGGGCUCGAAUGUUGGCAUCUGGGGGGGCGUGCCACCAGGCCCCCCAGAAUCAGGCCGCCCAGCCUCUCCCUGCAGCCGCGGCCAUGGAUACGCUGGCGCUUCCUGGAGUCAUGCCACCUGGUGUGCACAGCAUGACAGACAUGUUGCAGAAACAGGUCCCAGCAAUGCCGCCAAGAAUGCCUCCAAAGUCGGAAACGUGCACGAGUGCCUUCCUUCCACAGCCCAGCGUCCCGUUGGGCAUGUCAACGCUGAUGCUGCCCCCUGUUCUGGCUCAGUCUGCGACGGGCCCAGCCAACAUGGGCGCCCCCCCGCUCCCUCCCAACAUGGCCAUUCAGCGCUGCCAGGAUGGUGUGGUGGCGGGCUUGGGGUCGAUGGGGCUGGCGUCCCUUCCCUCCGAGUGCUAUUCAGUUCCGGCAGCCAAGCUGCAGCAGGGCACGCAAACCCCACUGCUGCUGGACACCACUUCGAUGCUCACCCUGCUCGGACAGCAGCAAACAGGGGACGCUACCAUCUCCGCAUGUGAGACGCAGCAGGCUUCCAUGCAGACCAGCAGAGCAGGCGCCCCGUCGGUGCAGAAUCUGUCACUUUCAGCGGGCUUGGGGCUGGGCCCCCAGGGCCAUACGGUGCCGGGGUUGAUGCAGGUGCCUUUGCUGCUGGGACAGCAGGUCUGCCAGCCAACGCAGGGGAUGGAUGUUGUGACGGUGGUGAACAAGGCAGCCGUUCCGGUGCAGCCUGGGGCAGGCAUGGGCGUUGUGCAUGACCAGCGGCUGGCCCAGGCUGGCGAGGUGGGGCUGGCGGCCAAUGGGCAGCAGUGCACUGCCUCAGGGCAGGCACUGGUGCCAGAUGUGCCACUGAGACCACAGGCACCGCUGGGGAAAAACACAGUCAGGGGCCUGCUGCACGUGUUCAGCGACGACAUGCGUUUCAUAUUCUUCAACUCGCAGCAGGCAAUGUUCGGGGAGUCUGCAUGGGUGCCCGGUCAGUUCCACUACACGGAGUUGUCGGAGUGCGAGAAACACGGGUCCCCCAUGGCCCAGCGAUUCUUCGUGGAGCUGAUAAACAGAAUCAGGGGUUGUUGA